CGACACCACGAGGUCAAUCAUCAGUCUUCCUUCCUAGUCAGAUCAUAGAAAAAAGAUUUAAAAGAAAUUGGCAAGUUAAAUUAAAACUUCUUACAUCUGCAGUCUGGACAUGUCUGUCACGAAAAUUAUUUUCUUGCUUUGUGCAAUGAUAGUUGUCUCUCGUGGCGAUAGAGCAAGGCGUUCAGAGCCCGCGACUGACAGCGAUAAACUCUUUUCGGACAGUGCGGAUAGUCUUGACGAUGAAAACCAAGACUUUCUUCCAGAAUUCUACAACGUCGAUGAUAUUCCCGAUGCACCAACGAGUGCUCCUAGUGACAACAAACGAACGGACUGUUUGGAAGCGCUGUUCACCCAAGCUGGAUUACGCAAGCAGUCCAUCCCGCGCUACAUUCAGGCCUUCCGAAACAACGAGUUGGACGUCGAUGCCCUGUAUGGACUAAACUUCCUUGAACUUGUUACUCUGCUUCAGGGCAAGGCUUUCGGCAUCACCAAUGCUGGAGAUAUAUUCCGACUUCACAACUGCAUCCAUGACUAUGGAAAAUGCAUCAUGAAACCGUUCUGCCAGAACGGUGGACGAUGUGUACAUGUGGAUAUCAUCCACCAGCAUAUCUGUCAGUGUCCUGAGGAUUUCCAGGGCGACCAUUGCCAAGAGAAGGCGGAGAACCGCCUCAGUAAGGUAGAAGACACUCUUGUUUUGCUUCAGCAUCAAGUUGCUCACUUUGGUGUUUCUUACACUCGCUGGGGAAAGGAAACGUGCAACGAGACAGCUGGAGCUUCCCUAGUUUACACCGGGUUCAUGGCUGGUUCUCACUUCACUCACAAAGGUGGUGCUGCCGAAUAUCUCUGCUUGCCCGAGGAGCCUCAGUAUGGAGACUUCAAACCUGGAGUUCAGUCAGGAAACCUGGUGUAUGUUAGUGAGUUGGAAACUUCUCAUUCAUUUCAGCCUUUCACCGGCCUGUUCCAGCACAAUCCAUUGUGUGCAGUAUGCCAGGCUGACUCUCGGGUGUCCCACAUCAUGAUUCCAGCUAGAAAUACCUGUCCUUCGGGCUGGACUCUGGAGUACCAUGGAUAUCUAAUGGCGGGCUAUCAUGGACACCGACGAACAAAGAAUGUUUGCGUGGAUGUUGACCCAGACGUUGGCAAGGGAACAUCAGCUAACCAGGAUGGAGCUCUGCUGUACUUCACGGAGGUCACGUGUCAGAGUGAGAUGGCAUGUCCCCCAUACGACAAGGAGAAGGAGCUAACAUGUGCAGUAUGUACACGUUAAAUGGCGGUAGUUCUCCGAAUCCCGAGACGGCACCUUACCUGAUGCAGGUUGGUUACUGCCAUACCCAUGUGCGUGACUACUAGUAGUAGUAGUAGUAGUAGUAGUAGUAGUAUUCAGCGCUUCUUAGUUCUGCAUUUUUUACAACAGGUUCUUUUUGUUCCCCAUCUUGUUUUGGUUUCAACAGCAGUUGGCUAUGCAUCCGACAUAAUAGCAAUUGUAGAAUGCAUCCAGUUCACACAUGUAUGCUAUGAACCUUUCGCACACACCACCAGAAAAAGCCACUUGAUAGCUGUAUGGUGAAGACCAGGCUGAAUAGUGGCGGUCAAUUCUUCAGCCUUGGAAGCUGUUGAAUGGUGCAAUGCCAGUACAAGCUGCUAUGGCUUCUGCUGUAGCAUUGCUAUCAUCGCCUCCGGCGAUGGGCGUCAGAUGGUCAGAUGGAUGGUCGCACACACAUCUUUCAGUUAUUCUCCUUGUAACGAUCUCACUAAUGAAAAGUCGAAAGGAUCACUACCGUAGGAUAAGAUUGUGUCUAGACUUUCACUGGACCUUCGUACAGACACUCGCUCGAAAUUUUCUAACAUUUGCCAACUGUAAUAUUUCGGCACUUUGCGGCGAGUUUGUGCUGUAUUUUCUGUCGCUUCUACUUGUCCAUCACUGAGACUUAUGAUCAGUGAUUUACGAAACCUUUUUUGCCACUUACAAAAUGUUUAAAAUGGACAGUUAAACAUUUAUGACCACACCCUCAUUUAGAAAGCAACCUAGAUAAUUACUGUAGAAUUAGACUGUUCCUUUCUCUCAAUAAACGUCCCUACACGCCCUUACACUGCUGUCUAAAACAUUCUAACUGCUAUAGAUUUAAUGAUUUGCACAGUUCUUCGUUAUUUGAUCCUUUUCUAGUCUUUUUCCGAAAUAUAUUCUACUUUCCAACACUUGUUACUUCACUUCUCACCUCCUGAGAGGCCUCAAUUUUCUACCGACACUCACAUCGCCAUAUGUCUUCCCAAUCACAUUGAAUCUCACAACAGGUCCUGCCUCCAUUUGCGGCUAUAUUUA